AUGCCUGAACAAGCCCACAUCGAAAGUGACCCAGAGUGUCCCCAUUGCCUCUAUCCCGAUGUUGCUCUCAAAAUUUCCGGUAUUUUCUUCUCAGGCCUUGCAGCUGGAGGCACUCUCAUGACGACUCUGUACUUGCGCCCAGUCUUUCAAAAACUGCCCACAAAUGAGGCCUACAACCUAUUUGAUCUUAUUUACGGAGUGGGAAAGGUCGCCUUUCCUGUUUUUUCGAUUCUGGGAACUGCCUCAUUCGGAGGAGCUGCAUAUCUGGAACGGCACCCCAAGGGUUCUUACAACCAACCUCGUAAGGACCGAGCAUGGUACAACCCUUCGUCUAGCAGAUUGUUGGCCUAUUCGGCAGCCACAUUGUUUGCUAUCCUGCCAUAUACUAGAAUUAUCAUGUGGCCCACUCUGACCAAACUGUUUGCUGUUCGUCUAGAGACCGUCAAGGGCCAGAACGUCAAGGAGCUCUUGAGUCUGUGGUCAGCUCACCACCUAGUGCGAGUGUUCCUAGCGCUCCUCAGUUUCGCUGGUGGUAUCAUUUCGACUGUUGUUCUGUAA